AUGGGCCAUCUACGCACCCUCCUCGCCUCUGUGCUGCCCCUUCUCGCGGCGCAGGGGGUCCACGCGCAGGACCCCGCCCCGGCGGCUCCGGGCAGCGGGAAGUACUGCAGCUCUGGCGAGCAGAGCGUCUGCUACUCCGAGUACGCCGCCUCGCCGUCGGGUGUGCUGUACCGGAUCGCCAUCCCAGAUGUGGCCCAGCCGCCGUUUGAUGUGCUCCUGCAGAUCGUGGCGCCGGCCAAGGUGGGUUGGGCGGGCAUCGCUUGGGGCGGCAGCCUCAAGGGCAGUCCCCUGGCGGUGGCGUAUCCGAACGGGGAUACCGUUGCGGCCUCUUCGCACUGGGCAAAUGGCGACGAUCUCUCUGCGCCCUUCACCAGCGCAUCUUACACCGUUCUGACAUCCUCCCGCAACAAGACGCAUUGGACCGCCGACCUGCUCUGCGCCGGCUGCAGCUCUUGGGACGCCGUCUCGCUGAACCCGACAGGCGUCAACACCCUGCUCUGGGCCGUCGGCGACAAAGCCCCCACCGAUGCCUCCGCCGUGCCCGCCAGCACCGCGAGCGGGACCUUUGCCGAGGACCUCGGCGCCGCUCGCGUGUCGUCCAACAAGUUCCGGCGGUACAUUCUCUUCCUCCAGGCCGGCCAGCCGGCCGACGGGCCCCCUCCGCCGGGCGCGACGAGCGUCGACGGCCCCACGGCGCUGCGGCCCACGGCCUCGACUAUCAUCCGCCCGCCGCCGCCCGAGGGGGGACCCACUAGUGUCCGAACCUCGGUGACGGUACUCCCGCCGCGGCCGCGUCCGACGACCAGUGUCAGCAGCUUCCCGCCCACCGUGAUCGGUCCCGGCGGCGGCGGACGCCCCACAUCCCGGCCGACGCUCCAGCCGCCGCGCCCGACGACCACGAUGCGCACGAGCCCGAGACCCGGCGGUCCCGUGACUGUUACCGUCACCGUGACCCGGCCUCCUGGAGGCGGACAGCCCACGCGGAGCGCGCCCGGUCCGCCGCGGCCCACGACGUCGAGGGACCCGUGCAGCGGCUGGGACCCGCCAUGGUGGUGCGACGACGACGAUGACGAGUGGUGGUGGGGCGACGAGGGCGAGGGCGAGGGCGGCUGGGGUGGUGGAGGUCGCGGCGGCCGUGGCGGAGGUGGCCGUGGCGGACGCGGCGGUGGCCGUGGUGGCCGUGGUGGCCGCGGUGGUUGGGACGAAGCUGAGGGUGCAGAGCAGGCACAGGCUUGA